AUGAAUCCCGAAUUUAUUCUAGAUUUUGAUAAGAAUGAUAACACACCAGAAAAUAAGGAGCAGAGUGACCAUGAUGAUAGUCUAGAUACCUUUACCAACUCAAUACUAUCGCAAUAUGCCUCCGGCAUGAACCCGCCCAUUUGUAAGGUAUCAAACUCAAAAUCAGUCUCACAAACUGUCAAAUUCCCUUUCGGGGAUGCCAAGUCAGCCGAAGAACAAAAUAGAGACUUGAGUGCUAACGAUGUGUUCCCAUUUAAUAAUUACCUUAAUAAAAUAGAAAUAUUGUACACAAUGGCAACUAAAUUGGAAAAUACUUGGAAUGAAUUGUUCAACUUGGUCAGGGAAAAAACUAAUUACAACAGAUACGACUUAUCUCUAAAGAAACCUUCAAUUUGGAAGCAUAGUAAUAGCAUAAACGACUUGCAUCUGGAAGCGAUUUCAAGGUGGAUUGAAACAUCGUCAAAUAUAAUGUGUUGCCUCGCCAACACACUUAAUAUAGAUAAUCAGAAUCACCAGGAAUUCACCGGAUCCAAACUAUUACAGGACUCAAUUGACGAGUCUUACUCUAAAUUCAAUACCGAUAUUAGCAAAGCUUGGGGUCAAGAUAAGAAUUUAACUCAAAUUCAAGAGAAUGAUCUGAAAAAUGAAUAUCUGAAGGUGAUGAAGUUUAACACAAUGAUUCAGUCGGAUUAUGAGAAAAUUAUUGAAAAGUUGAGAAAUGAAAGGGAUGCCGCAAUUUCAAAGGCUGAACUUAAAGCGGUCUUGGAGAAGGAGAUUUACUCGUUAAACGAGAGGAUAUCGCUCUUAGAAAGACAAUUGGCCGAUAAAAAUAAUCAAAUUGAGGAGCUACAUAGGAGUGUAGAGUCCUCUAAUAGGGUUCAGCUCCAGAUUAUGAAAAAGAACGAGGAACUGAUAGCCAGUAAUCAGAAAUUACUGAUGGAUAAGAGUAACUUUAUAGAUAAGGACACAGCGAAGAAUCUAAUAAAGCAGUACUACGAAGAAGAGAAACGGGGCGGUGAAAGGAAGGAAGAUAUAGUCCAACUCUUGGAAAGAAUGUUGGAUAUCAAUAAGAAGGCGAAGGCGUCCGAAGAGUUAAAAUCGGAACACCGUCGUUCCCUGCUGAGCGAGUUCAUGAACUUCGUGAAUGAAAACGUGGAAUCACGGUAG